AUGUCCGAACCCUCCCAACAAAUCCACCACAUUAACCCCUCCGACCUCGAGACCUUCGUCCACAACAUCCUAGUAGGCAACGGUGUCUCGAAAGAACAUGCCACCACCAUCUCGAACUGCCUCGUGCAAGCCGAUCUCCGGGGCGUCGACACCCACGGCUCCAACCGCAUCCCAUCAUACAUGAAACGGGUACGCCAGAAGGUUCUCGACCCGUCCGCCACCCCCGAACUCACCCAAAUAACCCCCGUAGUUGCGUCCGUCGACGGCAAGAACGCAUUCGGGUUCGUCUCGGCGCACCUGGGGAUGGAACGAGCCAUCGGAAUGGCCCAGGACUUCGGCAUCGGGAUGGUCUCGAUCAAACACUCCAACCACUUCGGGAUGUCCGCGUGGCUGGUCCAACAAGCCAUCGACGCAGGGAUGAUGUCCCUCGUCUUCACCAACUCCUCCCCCGCGCUGCCCGUCUGGGGCGGCCGCUCCAAACUCAUGGGCGUAUCGCCCAUCGCAUGCGGCGCGCCCGCUGGGACCGAGCGCCCCUUCAUCCUCGACAUGGCGCCCUCCAUCGCCGCGCGGGGCAAGAUCUACAAAGCGCUCCGUCGCGGCGAGAAGAUCCCCACGGACUGGGCCCUCGACGGCGAAGGCAACCUGACCGACGACCCCGCCCGGGCCCUCGAGGGCGUGAUGCUCCCCAUGGGCGGACCCAAGGGCUCGGCCCUCUCCAUCAUGAUGGACGUCUUCUCCGGCGUAUUGUCGGGUUCUGCCUUCGCGGGCCACGUGACGAAUCCGUAUGAUCCGUCCAAACCGGCUGACGUAGGCCAUUUCUUGAUUGCCAUCAAGCCGGAUCUGUUCAUGAGUUUGGAGGAUUUCAAAUCGCGUAUGGAUUAUCUGUAUCAGCGGGUUGUCGGGAGUGAGAAGAUGGGGGGUGUCGAGAGGAUUUAUUAUCCGGGGGAGAUUGAGCAGAUUACGAGGGAUAAGCGGUUGGUGGAGGGGAUUCCGUUUACGAGGGCGGAGAUUGAAGCUUUGAAUGAGGAGGCAGAGGUUGUGGGGGUGGAGAGGUUGAGGGUCGAGUAG